UAUUCAACAUGGCGGCCUUACUCAACAACUUGUGCAAGUCUUCAUUUAGAACAUCUCUAAUUUCCCCAACUUUUUACCGACAGAUAUCUUUGACUAUAACACACAGCUGUUCUUCAAAACCAAAAGAACAAGGGGAAGAAACUCAUAAACUGGGGCAAGAGCGAUGCUUUGGAAUUAACUAUCUAAAAGAUGGAACAGAUCCUCCAUUAUUGCCAGAUAAUGAAUAUCCAGAUUGGUUAUGGAAAUUAACUGAGCCUACUUAUACUGAGGAAUCCCCAGAACAGACUGCAGCAUACUGGAAAAACAUUAACAAGAAAAGAAGAAGACAGGAAAAUGAAAUUAAGAAACAAAAGAAAAUCUAAGUUAUUCAUUUUCUUAAAUAUUGAAGUUUAAUUAAAAUUGU